AACAACAGCUGCCUCCAUUGAAUUGUCACUGCAGGAUGAACGCGGCGUCACAGACACCUGAAAUAACCAUAAAAUAUAUUGUUACAAUGUAAUAUUCAGCUCAAACAUAAUUCAUACAGAACUGGCAACAUGGCUGUUAUCAACAGAGAAACAAAAUAAAACAAGCAAAACAUAAUCCGAACGUCGGUGGUUUAUCUGUUGCUCCAAGACACGAAUCAACCCACAAUGACCACCACAACCCCCACACUCCUGGAGAUCUGCAUCGAUUCGUACGACUCGGCCGUGGCCGCCAUCCGAGGGGGCGCCGAUCGGCUGGAACUGUGCGCCGCCCUCAGCGAAGGUGGCCUCACGCCAACGGUUGGCCUGCUGCGGGAAGUUCGUAAGUUCGUGGUCGACGCAGCCCGACCCGUUCACCUGUACGCCAUGAUCCGGUGCCGGCGGGGAAGUGACUUUUGCUUCAGCGACCCGGAGCUCGCGAUUAUGGUGGCCGAUCUGCGCUUGUUGGCCGAACAUGGCGCCGAUGGGUUCGUGUUUGGUGCGCUGACGGAGCAGGCCGAGAUCCACCGGGAGCACUGCCGGUUGAUUGCGGAGGAGGCGCUGAGGUUGGGCAAACCGGUUACGUUUCACCGGGCGUUUGAUUGCACGGCAGUGGACAGGAUGGGCGAUAAUCUGCGGCUCGUUGGUUCGCUGGGCUUCACGACGAUCUUGACCAGUGGGUUCGAGAGCACUGCGGUGCGAGGACUCGAGAAUAUCCAGCGAUUGGCGGAGUUGGCAAAGGAUCUAGCGACUCCGGUCACCAUCAUGCCAGGAUCUGGAGUUUCUCCGGCUAAUGCGAGGGAUAUUCUUCAGCAGACCGGAUGCCGGGCUAUUCAUGCUUCGGCCAGAUCGGCUUCCAAGAAAGGGGGAGCAGGCGGUUUGUCCAUGGGAGGUAGCGCAGCGGAUGGAGAAGGUUUGCUCGUGUGUGAUGAGGUGAUUGUACGGGAAAUUAGAAAGCAAAUAAAUUGAUGGAGAUGCACCUGUCUACAAGGAGACGUUAAAUUUUGAAAUGAGAAACCCUUCGUGGACAAUUUACAUACA